AGAACAAGAUUGAAGAAUGUACCUAAGGAACCUUCUCAUGAAGAUGGCCACCAAAAAGGUCCCAAAAAAGUCAUGGUAUUGAAAGCCACAGAACCGUUUACCUAUGACAUGAGAGGAAAGAAAAGGAUGUUCCAUGCCACAGUGGCUACUGAGACCGAAUUCUUCAGAGUGAAGGUGUUUGACGUGGUCCUGAAGGAAAAGUUCAUCCCAAACAACGUGAUUGUCAUCUCAGAUUAUUUUGGUGAGAAUGGGUUUCUGAAGAUAUUUUGUGCCACCAGUGUGACUGAGGUGAAAGGUAACAGAGUGAUGGAGAUCCCAACCACACUGAGGAAAAGAGCCAAUGCAACUCCAAAAAUUUUCCACCUUUUCUCCCAAAGAAUAGGAACAUUUGUGAAUGGAGUAUUUCUGAUAUAUAAG